UUGUGGUCGCGGCGCGGGCCUCCGGCGAGCGUCCAUGGAGAAGGCUGGGCGUGAGAGUGACGGCGCCCCCUGCGGGCCUGUCCUGCACAUCGUGGUGGUCGGCUUUCACCACAAGAAGGGCUGCCAGGUUGAAUUCUCUUACCCACCACUAAUUCCAGGAGAUGGACAUGACAGCCACACUUUACCUGAAGAGUGGAAGUAUUUGCCUUUCCUUGCCUUACCAGAUGGUGCACAUAACUAUCAGGAAGAUACUGUGUUUUUUCACUUGCCACCCAGAAAUGGAAAUGGAGCCACAGUAUAUGGUAUCUCUUGUUAUCGACAAAUUGAAGCCAAGGCAUUAAAAGUGAGGCAAGCUGACAUCACCAGAGAGACGGUUCAGAAAAGUGUCUGUGUUUUAAGCAAGCUGCCUCUUUAUGGCUUACUUCAAGCAAAACUUCAACUCAUUACACAUGCCUAUUUUGAAGAGAAAGAUUUUUCCCAAAUCUCUAUUCUAAAGGAGCUCUAUGAACAUAUGAACAGUUCCUUGGGAGGGGCCUCAUUAGAAGGAUCGCAGGUGUACCUUGGUCUGUCUCCUCGAGAUCUUGUCCUUCAUUUUCGACACAAGGUCUUGAUUCUGUUUAAGCUAAUUCUUCUUGAAAAGAAGGUUCUAUUUUACAUUUCUCCAGUGAAUAGAUUGGUGGGCGCACUAAUGACCGUGUUAUCCCUUUUUCCAGGCAUGAUUGAGCAUGGCCUCAGUGACUGUUCUCAAUAUAGACCCCGAAAGAGUAUGUCUGAAGAUGCUGGACUUCAGGAAUGUAAUCCGUCUGCAGAUGAUUUUAUUUCUGAGUCUACUUCUGACAUUUUAAAUACCAACUUGGGAACUGUCACAAGAAUCAGGGCAGAAAACCAUGGAGAAGAUGCUGUUCCCCAGACAGAGAAGCCCUACUUCCAAGUAGAAGGUAACAACAACAAAGGACAAGAACACAGUGAUACUGGCCGAUAUUUGGAACUUCCACCUCGUCCAUCUCCAGAGUCUUCAGAAAGUGACUGGGAAACUUUGGAUCCUAGUGUCUUAGAGGAUGCCAACUUGAAAGAAAGGGAACAGAUGGGGUCAGACCAGGCACACUUAUUCCAAAAGGACUCUGUGCCCUCAGACAGUCCUCCAAUUACUGUACAGCCUCAAGCUAAUACCAGGCAGGUGGUCCUGAUACCAGGGCUCAUUUCUGGUUUGGAAGAAGACCAAUAUGGCAUGCCUCUGGCCAUCUUUACAAAGGGAUAUCUGUGUUUGCCUUACAUGGCAUUGCAGCAGCAUCAUCUCCUCUCUGAUGUCACUGUUCGGGGAUUUGUGGCUGGAGCUACUAACAUCCUUUUUCGACAACAGAAGCACCUCAGUGAUGCCAUUGUGGAAGUAGAAGAAGCCCUGAUCCAGAUCCAUGAUCCAGAACUUAGGAAGCUGCUUAACCCGACGACUGCAGACCUGAGGUUCGCAGAUUACCUGGUGAGGCACGUGACUGAGAACCGGGAUGACGUCUUCCUGGAUGGCACAGGCUGGGAAGGAGGUGACGAAUGGAUCCGGGCCCAGUUUGCUGUCUACAUCCAUGCUCUGCUGGCUGCUACACUGCAGUUAGAUAAUGAAAAGAUGUUGUCAGACUAUGGAACCACUUUUGUUGCCGCCUGGAAGAAUACUCACAACUACAGGGUAUGGAACAGCAAUAAGCAUCCAGCACUCUCAGAGAUAAAUCCAAACCAUCCUUUCCAAGGCCAGUACUCGGUGUCAGACAUGAAACUCAGAUUCUCACAUUCUGUUCAGAACAGUGAACGUGGCAAAAAAAUUGGCAGUGUCAUGGUCACAACCAGCCGGAAUGUGGUACAAACAGGAAAAGCUGUUGGCCAAUCAGUUGGAGGAGCUUUUUCCAGUGCAAAGACAGCUAUGUCUUCAUGGCUGUCUACUUUCACCACAUCCACCCCUCAGAGUCUUCCUGAGCCACCCAAUGGGAAGCCCUGAGUCCAGCAGCAGAAGCUGCUUUGUUUUCUAAGGUGUAAUGCUCCCUCCCCUUCUGCUGCUCCCACGGUUUCUUCCUCUAUCCAGAGGUCCAUACCCAGGGACCAAGAUGACAAACUGUUUACAUGGACCGUUGCACUCUGUCUAAAUGAAAGUUGCAGGAUACUAAGUGGAUGAAAUCACAACCAUAGCAGAAUAGCUUUCCAGGUUGGGGGUUAAAUUGACUACUUUUACUUCGUUCUGAGCCUAAUUAAUGUACACAAUGAACCUUCUAGUGAAUUUUAAGUUCUGAGAUUGUACAUUUGUUUACUUAGAAGAAUUUUUACAUAUGUAUAUUUUGUUCUAUUUUGCUGUUUAAAUAUUUAGAUGGUCAUUGUAAUUUAUAUUGACUAAAAUUAAGUUAUAUUACUAUUUCACUAUCUCUGAAGUUAGCCCUAAAAUGUAUUUGUAACAUAUAGGGAUUAUGCAUUCCAGCCUGAGUUCUAGGGUGGGCUUUUAUGGGGUGGUUAGAGGGAAUCCUCUACCCACUGAACACUUCUUCCCAGAGCUAUGAAAUUCAAGAGGGGAAAGCUGAGGGUAAGAUGUCAUUUUCUAUGAAUAUCCUCCUGUCACAGUUGGUGUGAAGCAGCAGAGAUGCCCCUGUGCUUCUCUCCUACUGGCAGUGCUUGUGCAAGGAAGCAGCAGUGGUGAUUCAGCAGCACUGAAGGGUUGGCACAUGUCUGGAGUGUCUGGAGGACAGUACUUUGUCGACCCACAUGCUAGCUCAGUCAACUCCAGUUAUGUUGCUGUCUUAAUCAGCACUUUGUUAUCAAAAAUAUGUGCCUUGUUUCCUCAUGUAAGUGGUCGUCCAUUGGAUCUGCAUAGAUCCACAGGCCUUCUCUUAGUCUUGUUCUGCAUUGAGCUUUUCAAGGCAGUUGGCCUUCCUGCUUUCCUGACUGAAAAUCCUCCUGUCGUCAGGGCUGCUACCUUCUAAAGAAAAACAAAAUGACCAAUAAAAGUUAAAUAUAAACCAUGACUUAGCCCACAUUUAGAAAAACAAGAAGUGGGCCGAGGAGAUGCUUUAGUGAGGGAAAGUGCUUACUGUGCAAGCAUGACAACUUGAAUCCAGAUCCCUGGAACCCACAUAAAAAGCCACAUCUCUAAUCCCAGUGUUCCUACAAUGAGGUGGGAGGUAGAGUCUAGAGAAUCUUAGAAAGCCAGCUAGCCUAGAGUGAACAAUGAAUUGGCAAAAAUGAGAGACCCUGCCUCAAAACAAUGUGGAAAAGAUGAACCAGAUUGUCCUCUGACUUCCAGGGAAUGUGUUGAGUGCAUGCUUAUAUUCACACACACAAAGACACACACCUCAAAUAAAAGAACAGUAAGAAACAAGAGAAUGAAUUCACACCCAUGCCAGGAGUCACUUGUUUGGUAAAUCAGUACAGCUAGUUUUAUGUUACCACAGGCAUGAAUUUGCCAGCCUGUCAUUUAAAUUCAUGCUUGUCAUGUAUAGCUGUCAUUUGCCUUUCAGGGGAUCCUGAAUGGGUGUUCUCAGGGAGUGCUUAUGGAAAACAGUCUGCCUUUUCAGUAACAGAAGGCAUGUGGAAUAACAUAUGAUUUAACAAGCGUUGGCAAAGUCAGGGGCCUAAUUAAGGACAUUGAUUAUAUUUCUUUUUUUGUUGUUUUUGUUUGUUUUUUUGUUUUGUUUUGUUUUUUGAGACAGGGUUUCUCUGUGUAGCCCUGGCUGUCCUGGAACUCACUCUGUAGACCAGGCUGGCCUCGAACUCAGAAAUCCGCCUGCCUCUGCCUCCCAAGUGCUGGGAUUAAAGGCGUGCACCACCACUGCCUGGCGAUUAUAUUUCAUUUAUCCCGUAUGAGAUUCCCUAAGGACUAUAAAAAGAAAAUAGGGCAUAAUUCAGUAUUUUUAAAACUUGGCAAGUUGCAUUUUAACACGAACUACUUCCAAUUGGGCAUAAUAACUUGAGAGAUUCCAGUGACAACAAAUUAAUCGGUUAAUGGGGGAACAAUAUUAAUUGUCUUUAGCCAGUAAAUAUUUGAAAAGAGAAGAAAAUAAAGCCACACAAAACUGAAAGGAACGUUAAUGUUGUGCUGAGACUCCUGAGAAUUCAUGGCUAGAUAUCAUUUCAUGUGGCUAAAGCAUAUUGCUAUACCCAUGGUAGUUGGCAUUGCUAGGAGCCCGGCCUGGGUUAGCUAGUAAGAUGAUGAUGUGUUCUUUAGUUUGCACCAGGUUUGUAUGACUUGGGGAAAUGCCUGCUGUCACUUAAACAAAAACAAUGCAACAUUCACUUUGAAAUAUACUCGGAGGGGGAAUAUGUAACUGCUUUUGUCUCACACUCCCCACUUGAGUGUGUAUGGGUUCCCCUGCGUAUGGUCUCACUGUCUUACCACAUAGGUCUCUAAAAUUGCCAAACUCCUCCCUCUUGUCUCAACUGGGAUUAUAGGAGCACACCACUGUGCCAGGCUCAAGUGUAUAUUUUAAUUGAACUUUCUCUUAAUGUAGUUAAAAACUUAACUCUUAAAAUAGUCACUUAACUGGUCAGCAUAAAAUAACUUACCUUUGAAUAUAAAACAUCUUAGAAUGGUCAAAAGACCAUAUGCCUGCUUCCUUUAGGUUCUUGGAAAUGUUGGCUUUUCAAGGGCCAUACACAAUUUUGUUGCUGGCAGGGGCAUCACCUAAUGCAGCAGCGAGUGUCAUGGACAAUAGGAGAUACACCCAAUGAGCCCACACAUGUGAAGUGUCCAGUGAGCUAGGCUAACUCUGACGCGUAGUCUCCCUCCAGUGCUGGCAAGGUAGCCCAUUAGCCAACACUAGGCCUUUUGACUCUUUCCAGGUGAUGUGGCUAUUGGAAACCACACUUUCUCCAGUGAUUGCCAAUACUCUUGUGUCUAAGAACUGAGUGUAACUAGACCUGCCAGAGUGAAAAUCAACCAACAUUUUUCAGUUUCACCAGGCAGACAUUGUCAGUAGCUGUACUGCUGUUCAGGUGGUUUUCAGGAAACCCAUUAUGAUCCUAGUGUAACGACAAUGACACAGAUAAGGGAGAGAAUUAAAGCUGUGAGUCUAGAGUAGAAUAGGAAUUCUGAAGCUGCAUGUUUAACAGAUGUGGAGCAGUUGUAUACGUUCAUCUGAUUUAUAACCAAUAUGAAUUGUCCACUCCCAAAUCCUUCACUAGCUACAAGCCUGAAAAGAGUUCUCUCCUUUUGCAUUAAGAAACAGUUGGCUUUCUUGCACAGCAAAAUAGAGCACAUGACAGGACUUCCUCAGCCCUUCUGCCUUUCAAAUUUUGUACUAAGCAGUUAACUGUUUUUUAGAAUAGUUUUCUUUAGAAAUUCAAGGAAAAAGCAAAUUAGGAAAACAAAAAUAAGAAGCUAUUACAUAGCUGAGAAACAGGGCACUUAAAGUCUGAAUGGAGAAUAUUUUGACACCCAGUACUUAACCUACUAAAGGCAUGAGUUUAGACAGAAGUUAGAAUUGUAAUUUGCUAUUUACAUUUGUAUGUGAAGCUGUACCUUUUUUUUUUCCUGGUAGGCAGGUGUUAUUGAAGUUAAAUAUUCUAUGGGGAAAACCUUGUGGGAAUUAAUAGCCAGUGGCCCCUCAUUCAUUCUUGAUAAGUUUAGAAGUUCUGCAGGCCAGCGUCCUGAUUUAUACCCACAGGCAGUGUCUGCUGCAGCCUCCUCAGAGGGCAGCCUGUUAGAACAGAAGCCGCUUGCUCCUGCUUGUGGUGCUAGCUGCACCAGCCUGUUAAUGUACUGAGGUAUUGCUUAGGAUCCCUGAAACAUUUGUACACUGUGGUUCUUUAAGGAGAAGUGGCCCAGCAUUCAUGACUUUCCACGACAUCUCCUGGUAGCCUUUAACUAUGACAGAAUGCUCCUUGAAUCACCUGAAGAUGACCAUCAUUCCUCAUAACGUGGCGCUAGGAUCUUCUCAUUCCAAGUCUUCUGACUUCAUUAGUUUGGAAUUGUUUUUCCAUAAUUUCCAACAUUCCACAAAAAUUUUUUUUAGAGACAAAGGUAUGUGUUUUUUUUCAUACAAAAGCUUCAUAAAAAUGACUUCCUACCUGAAUUAUGAAGAAGAAGAAACUGGCUCCCUCGUAUGGUAUAACACUCCGAAAUUAAAAGAUUGUGCAUGUCUAAGGGGUUGGAUAUAUUUUGUAAAACUCUAAAUAUGUUUGUAUUUCUGUGCUGUUCAGAAAUUUACCUUUUUACUUGUACUAAUUAAAGAUAUAGAAAACUAUAUAUUUAAAUCAUGUAAAUGGAACACAAUUUAAAGGGGUUUCCAAUCUUAUUUUUCAUCAGCUUCUCAUGCACAUAGUAUGCUGCUAAAGUUCCUUUUGUGUGCAAUAUAAAGGUUUGAACAUUUCAAGUCAGGUACUGAGCCAGAAAAGGUCAUUGAAGUUUUCAGAAAACUGCUUAGAGCAUAUUUUAUUUUGUUGAGAUACUGCUAUUUUAUAGCUGGAAAAACAAGAUUACGCAUUACAUGUUUGAGUCCGCUUGAUCAUCUGUUUCUAGAUGUAGGAAGCAUUUGAUUAAUGACUUGGUGAAGGUACUUACUGGUUGGAAAAUAGUUUUUAAGGAAGUUAAGCUGUAGCUUUUCUUUUCUCUAGUAGCUUUGUAGUUUUGCUAGUUUUCUGUUGUCAUUUGUUUUUUAGAACAUUGAAGUUAUAAAUCAUGUCUAAUCUUGCUGAACUGUAGAGCUUCUAUUGUACCUUUUUUUUAAGAAAACCUGAUAAUAAAAUUAUCCUGUUUCUCUUGCACACGUGCUGUUGAUCUCCUAGACUUCACUGCAUGUUGUCUGUGUGAUUUCUGGCCUUCACACCUGGGCAACAGUGCAUUCGUCAUUUGUCAAGAAAGCAGCACAUAGGUGAACUGAAGGACUCCAUGCCCAAUUUAGCUUCCUCCUCAUACUACUCAUGUUUGGAACCUCAGCUUUCUAACUGUGACCUCUGCGGAAAGAGCCCUGUGUAGCAUCUGGGGAAGUCUGAAGGGAUGCUGCAGUUCUAAGGACGUUGGUGAUAUGAUCACCUCAUGGACAGGCCAGGGAAGGAGAAACUGCAUUGCCACAGUCCAUUCCUCCACUUGGAUUGGUCAGACGAGUACACUGAGGAUUCCAAGGGUGUUUGCUGUGCACCGUGGCUCCGUUACAGCUUGUUCAUGGAGUAAGAAGAAUCCACAACAUUGGGGCGGUAGUGAGAAGCGCCAGCACAGCCGCCAGAGGAUUAACUGACUACCACAACAGGACAAGAUCUCUCAACUGUGGCACACGUGGGUGCUACACACUGUUUAUGUGUUCUGCAUACUGUUUAUCAUUUUGUGGUUUACAAAUAUUUGAUAGUUAUUUUUUCCUCUAAUUAUCUUUAAUUAUGUGCAUAUUGAGGGGUGGGUGUUCACAAUGCCAUGUCCAUCAAAGCCAGAAGAGGGAAUCCAGUCCCCCAGAGCUGGAGUCACAGGUGGUUAUCUAAAAUGGAUGCUGAGAACUGAACUCUGGUCUUCUUCAAGUGUAGCGUGCCCUUCUAACUACUUGGCCUUCUCUUCAGCAAAUGAAUAAAAUUCUUAAUCUAGUCGCAUUGACCCAUUUACAUUUAGAGACUUUGUGUUCUCUUUAAGAAGACACUCUACAAUGUUGUAGAAGUUAUUUAGUCUUGAGUUUCACAUUCAGGACUACCUGGGAUUUCUUUAUUAGAGCUGUGCGAAAUCAAGAUGUACAAGAAUAGUGUAUCUUGCUGCUGCUUAUUUCUUCAAGGGAAAACUCCUGUGGUGCUAACUUCUCAUCAUUGUAUGUUCACACAAAACCACAAGAGGAACAUAGGAUCAGAGUCUGAGUUAAAGAGAAGCCUUUAAGUACAACAGUAAAUUUACAGAGGUAAAUAUUAGCCGAGAUUCUCAUUUAACUUAUCCAUAUUUUUCUCAUUUUGUUUCAGGUCUUGGCAAAGUAUUACCUCAGGACCACUUCGUAGAGAUGGAUGAAGAGACCUUGUUUUGGUACUCUGAUUGUCUGAUGUCCUCAAAGUCAAAUAGUCUCACAGUGGUUCCAGUGUUUCCAAACCUGUCCUGGGCAGCCACAAACUUUGAGGACCUUUUAACUGUACCAGAGACUACUCAAUUUCCCCCCAGGAAACUUUUUAUAGUCUGUGGCCGCUUGAAGUUGCUGUUAACAUAAACUGAGUCCCUCAGACUGCA